CAUAGAAUGCCUUGGCAAAUCAAUUUAUUAUCAAAUACCUUCGCGUCAGUUUAGUCACACACUCCGGAAGAAAAAUUGUUUGUGUAGUUUUCUAAAACUUUCAAAUUAUCUAUUUAUUGAACCUUUUACAAUCUCGUAAAAUGUGCACCAUUGAAUGUGAAUGCCAGCUUCAACAUGCCCAGCCAGUUGCUUGCUGUGGAGAUUUCCUGUGCCCCAAACCACCAGUUGGGGGGACUGAUAAUCCCACCGGAAAGUCACGGGUAAAUGCAAUGCGGCAGCUGUUUGAGCGCAAAAUUCAAGUGAAGGAAAAUCGACGCAGCUCCAAAAGAGCCGAUCCAGACCGCAAAAGUGCGCCAGUCUUGAGUGGAAACAAUCGGCGGGGUUCCAUUGAGUACGACGACGACAACGUUCCGCCAGUGAUAGAGCAAAUUACCGUGGAAGACAUUUCUCAGGACUCGACCAGAUUCUACCGGAGUCACACGAAAAUUGUCAGCGUUCCGAACGGGGUGAAGAUCAUCACGACGAUUUUGGCUAACGAUAAUGUUUCACCGGGAGAUGAAUUUGGCACCGUUUACGAAACUUUGAUCUUUCCGGAAAGUGAAAUUAUUAGACAGUUUGAGCAACAUGUGAAACAAGAUAGAUGUCUCGCAUCGGCAAAUUUGAAAUAAACGUAUAAAAACGAGUAGAGUAAUUCCCUGGCCAAGUUCGCAGGGGUUGACGGUAUUAAAGUGAAGGAGUUUCAUUUUGAUUAUUGUAAUGUAGUGUUCUUUAGUGAAACAUAUCACCUUUUUAACACUUUAAUGCGCCUCCAACGGUUCAUCACGAACCGGCUGCUGCAGAUGGAGUAUGGCUGAUCAUAUGCAUCAGACAUGCUCGAUAAACAUGGAGGAUCCGCCAGGGCUCAUUAGAGUCUAUUCCCAAGCAAUAGUUCCAAGUCGGUUGGAUUUAAGAAGGUUUUGAUGAUCGUUACAAAUCCUAAUAAAAUUAUUUUACGAUUUGUGACAGGUUUUGGAACCUUUUACAGCCAGCUGACUUUAAAAUGUUGUUUGGGCUCUAUUUCCCACGUUUCUCGGUUGAUUUUGAAUAGUAAUUUAUUAAUGUCAUAGUCGCUUUUUCGAAUUUUUACCAUGUUAGUUGGUCAUAUUUUCUUUAAAUAAAGCAAUUAAAAUCGACCGAAGAAUUAAUAGUGGGAAGGAGAUUUGCAGCACUUAAUUGUGCUGAUAGAUUCGAAGCUAACGUGCGAAUACUUAAACGCAUUGUUGACGUCAAUGCGUUCGACGUGACAUUUUGGACAAAAACUGACUGCUUUUUAUUAACUGAACAACGUUACUUGUGUAUGACUAGGUUGACAUUUCUAGGCUACGCUUGAGAAAAUGACAUGGUUUUAUCUAGGUAGGACCGAUACUUGGACCGAUAUGACAAUUGAACGAAUUUGAACAUUUUUCAUAGUAUUUGUAGGAGGACGAAUACAUAAUAGUUGACAAGCAAUCUUUAUUAUUUUAAAAUUUUAUUGCAAUCAACUGACCAACUUGACGUAUUUUUGUUUAUCUCUUAGAUGGCAUUUUGACACCAACAGAAAAAUAUCAGAAGUUCAGUUGCAUGUUUCUGUGGGUUUUGGACCGAUGACAAUUUAAGGACACUAGAGAUGAACACAAAGAAGUAGAAAACGAUUAGCGAAAUCAAGAAAACAAUUUGGCACAGGAUCGACUAUAUUUUAACAUACAGGGUUUGAUUGAUUCGAUGAAAAAAAAAACAAA